AUGGAGGCCUUCUUGAGAAGUUGGGUACAAUCCGCAGUAAACAAGCAUCAACACGGCUCUGCCAUCUUCCUCGCAGAGAAGCUGUUCUGCUUGACAAACUCUCCCGAGGAUGCUCUUGUCCUCGCAAGACUGGAAUUCGAAGCCGGCAACUACACCCGCGCUCUCGCUCUUGUUUCAAACCCCAGCUUGCUACAGCGACAGCCCGCAGCGCGAUACCUCGCCGCGCACUGUUACAUCAAGCAGAACAGGUGCGAGGAUGCACUCGCGAUCCUGGGCGAGAAGAGUCCGGCCCACCUUCUUACGACGGCAGAUUCCUCGCGGCGAAAGUUGCAAGCGGUAACGAAUGGCUUGCAAAGUAAGCAGGGUGGCAAGGCCAAGCUUCCCAGCAGGAUAGAGCGGGCAGAUCGGAGCGAAGAGCGUGACCUCGAAGACCGUAGCAGCAUAGAGUGUGAAGCCGGGAUGUGCUAUCUUCGUGGCCUAUGCUUCGCCAAGCAGAAUGCGUUUGAGCGAGCCAAGGAGUGUUAUAAAGAUGCAGUGCGGAUCGAUGUGCAGUGCUUCGAGGCAUUUGACCAGCUUAUGAAGAACUCGCUAAUGAGUCCUGGCGAAGAGUGGGCGUUCCUGGAGAGUCUUAACUUCGACAACAUACGAGCAACCUCACCGGAACAGAGCGGUGACGCAGAGGAAGCAUCGGCAUUUGCGCGGAAUCUCUACAUCACUAGACUGUCGAAGUAUGCGCGCCUCGACGAAUUUAACACGGCGAUCGAAACGCUAUCUACGCACUAUCACCUGGCCUCGAACCCGGAUAUCUUGCUCGCCAAAGCGGAUAUGCUGUUCACCUCAUCCUGUUUCGAGGCUGCGCUCGCCCUUACGUCCUCCAUCUUGGAUAAUGAUCCCUACAACUUUGCCUGCCUACCCUUACAUAUCGCGCUCUUAUACCAGCUCAACCACACAAACGCUCUUUUCGCCCUCUCGCAUGACCUUGCAGAUACGCAUUCGAACGAGCCUUGCACAUGGCUUGCGGUUGGGACAUACUAUCUCAACACAAAUCGCAUCCCAGAAGCACGGUCUUACUUCUCCAAAGCGUCGCUUAUGGACCCCCAUUUCGGACCAGCCUGGAUAGGGUUCGCACAUACGUUCGCCGCAGAAGGCGAGGGUGAUCAAGCCAUUGCUGCGUACAGCACGGCCGCUAGACUAUUCCAGGGCACGCACUUACCGCAACUGUUCUUGGGCAUGCAAGAGAUCGCUCUGGACAAUUUGGCCAUAGCUCGAGAAUAUCUAACGUCGGCCUACCAGCUAUGUAGGACGGACCCUCUCCUUAUGAACGAGUUCGGAGUAUGCUCCUACAAAGAAGGCGAUAAUGACGGCGCGAUACGGCAAUUCGACCUGGCGCUCAGCCUAGCGGAGGAGAGCCAGGCGCCCGCACAUCAGUACCGUGAAACGAGGUUGAACUUGGCGCAUGCCCUGCGGCGAGCCGGACGACUGCAAGAAGCGCUCGAGCAGUUCGAGGAGGUUAUCCGGCUGGGUCUGCGGGAUUGUGGCGUCUUCGCUUCGAAAGGCUUGGUGCUGUUGGAGCUGGAACAGCCAUUCGAGGCCACUGUCGCUCUCCAUGAGGGGCUUGCAAUGUCUCCGCAGGAUCCGCUGGCAAGCGAUCUGUUGAGCAAGGCAUUAGCCCUGCUUGAAGGUGGGGGUGUGUUGGGUGGCGCCGACGAAGAUGCCAUUGAUGCUAGCCUGAAGAGCAAACUGGUCGAAGCGAAGAUGACGCGGAAGGUGGGUGGUCGUAGAAGACGCGCGAAUCAGCAGGAUGACCACAUGGACUUGGAUGGCUUGUCGGAUGUCAAGCGGCCGCCAUGA